CUUUUUCGCCUCUGUCUCUUCGUUUCUACAUUGCUCUCUGUUCAACCAAAACUCAAACAGAAAACUUACAAACACACAGAUAUCAAGAUCGAACAAACCCAAAUUCGUAAAAAGAAACAAAAUUUAUAUCAUCGAUCUCUCUUUUCCCAUUUCUCUUGCAUGUAGAUGCUAUUUCAAACCUUUCUUUUGCUUCUCUUCUUAAUCCAUCCAUUCAAGUUUCGCCUAACUCCACCUUAUUUCCAUGGCUAACAAUCAUUCCGAUACUCAAGCCGAUGAUUUCCUCGAACAGAUUCUUGGGAUCCCUUUUGGUUCCUCCGACCAAGGGUUAGCUGGAACUGACGGCGGAUUGGCUGGAGCUGCUGCUGCUGCUGCCGCGGCGGCAGCGGCUCAGGGUCAGGCUCCGAUGAUGCUUCAGCUUAGUUCCGGGGAUGGUGGUGGUCAUAUCACUACGAUUGGGAGUGGAAGUGUCGGUGGAACUGGGUUUCAUGGAGGACCCCCUUUUCCUCUGGGGUUGAGUUUGGACCAAGGGAAGAGUGGGUUUCUUAAGGCUGAGGAAGCUUCUGGAAGUGGCAAGCGGUAUUGUGGUGAGGUUGUUGAUGUUCGAGCUUCGUCUGUUAAAAAUGUUUUUCAAGGCCAACAAAUGCAUGCUACUAUGGGUGCAGCCCCUCAUCCACCAGCAAUGCGCCCUAGGGUACGGGCAAGACGAGGACAGGCAACUGAUCCACAUAGUAUUGCAGAGCGGUUACGAAGAGAAAGGAUUGCAGAGAGAAUUAGGGCUUUGCAGGAACUUGUACCGAGUGUUAAUAAGACGGAUAGAGCUGCAAUGCUUGAUGAAAUAGUAGACUACGUAAAGUUCCUUCGCCUCCAAGUAAAGGUUCUGAGCAUGAGUAGAUUGGGUGGAGCUGGUGCUGUGGCACCACUUGUAACGGAUAUUCCACUAUCAUCAGUUGAGGAAGAAGGAAGUGAGGGUGGUAGGAACCAACCGGCAUGGGACAAGUGGUCGAAUGAUGGUACAGAGAGACAAGUUGCUAAACUUAUGGAAGAAAACGUGGGAGCCGCAAUGCAAUUCCUACAAUCAAAGGCACUCUGCAUAAUGCCGAUAUCAUUGGCUUCAGCGAUUUAUCACACACAACCUCCCGAUAGCUCGAGCAUUGUGAAGCCAGAGAGUAAUCCUCCUGCAUAGAAUAACAUCGCAGCAUCAGCCGAGGGAGGGAUGUGCAUUCCCACAAUCCUAAAAGGAAAUGAAAGGAAAAAAAAAAGAGAAAAAAAAAGAAACUUAUGGAUAGAUCGGUGUUGGGUCCUAUGGCCUGCGUCCCGUCGUCGCAACACUCAUAGCGUGUUACCCCUCCUUCACUUAUGAUGGGUAUUGGUAUUGCAAUCAAAGUCAGAUGGCAUAGUUAUAUUGCUUUUUAAGAUUACUUUUAGCUUUUGUCAAAACAGGGGGAUGGAUGUCAAUGCCCUAAAAGAUGCAAGCAGGCCUUGAGGUCUUGACAAGCUCAACUAAAGCAACAAGAAUUUGUCAAAGCUUUACUUGAUAUGCCCUUCUUUUUUUCUUGUUUAUGCAUCAAUGGGUGGAGGGAGUGGUGGGAAAUGACCAAAGCACCUUUUUUUUUUUUUUUUUUUUUGUAGUGGGUUGUGGGGACCUUGUAAAAAUAUGAAUAAAAGUUCUUCCUUUUUUGUGUAUUUUUUUGGAUGAUGUACCUUUACGAGGAAAGGAAAUGCUGAAAGUUUGAAAUGGAGAGUAGUGACUUUGAAGAAUUGAUAGAAAAAAAGGUUGAAUUAUAGAUUUGAA